GGGUUUAUUUUGAGUGAAGCAAUGCAAGCAAUCACUGAGGAAAUGCAGCAGAACAGAGUCAUGAUGAUUUUGUCUAUAAAGGUGGAUGUAUUGAUGCGCAGAGAGUGACAGAUGCCAUGUCUUAUCUCAGGUGCACAGAAGCGGCGCUUUUACUCUUCACAUUUGUGCAACUCACUGCAGCCUUAAAGUGUGUAUGCCCCUUGUGUGUAAACCACACCUGUGAGACAGAGGCAGAAGGAGCAUGUUGGAACUCAGUAAUGCUCAUAAAUGGGAAGGAGGAGGUUGUGAAGUCUUGCCUGUCCCCAUCAGAGCUCAAGGGUCAGGUGUUCUGCUACAGCUCUCGAUAUGUCUCCAAACGCAACUGCUGCUUUACAGACUUCUGCAACAAUGAGACGCUACACCUCAAUCCAGAGCCACCGCCUGAGGGGUCUGGGUGGAGUCAGCUGGAACUAGCAGCCGUAAUUCUUGUGCCAUCGUGCCUGGUGUGUGUAGGUGUCAUUCUGGGAAAGUGUGCCAUACAAAACCUGCGGUGCAACCACAUAAAAGCCCACAAACAGGAUCCAGAGGAACCCCUGGAUGACCAGACUCUUGUGUCACCUGACAAAUGCCUAAAAGAGCUUAUUUAUGACAUGAGCUCCUUUGGCUCAGGAUCAGGACUGCCACUAUUGGUCCAGAGAACGAUUGCUAGAACUAUUGUCCUGCAGGAGAGUAUUGGGAAGGGGCGCUUUGGGGAAGUGUGGAGGGGCAAAUGGAGGGGGGAGGACGUCGCUGUGAAGAUCUUCUCCACACGAGAUGAGCGUUCCUGGUUUCGUGAGGCUGAGAUUUAUCAGACCAUUAUGCUACGCCAUGAGAAUAUUUUGGGUUUUAUUGCUGCUGAUAACAAAGAUAAUGGCUCAUGGACACAGCUGUGGCUGGUGUCUGAGUAUCAUGAGCACGGGUCUCUUUUUGAUUACCUGAACAGAUACACAGUAUCAGUGGAGGGGAUGAUAGUUCUGGCACUGUCCAUUGCCAGUGGCAUUGCCCACCUGCACAUGGAGAUUAUUGGCACUCAAGGAAAGCCUGCCAUUGCCCACAGAGACAUAAAGUCAAAGAACAUUCUGGUAAAGAAGAAUGGAACUGCUGUGAUUGCUGAUCUUGGUUUGGCUGUCAAACACGACUCCAACACCAACACUGUUGACAUCCCCAUUAACCACAGAGUGGGCACCAAGAGGUAUAUGGCUCCAGAGAUCCUGGAUGAUUCCAUAAACACGAGCAGUUUCGAGUCAUUUAAGCGUGCUGAUAUCUAUUCACUUGGGCUGGUGUUCUGGGAACUUGCUCGCAGAUGUUCUGUCCAAGGGAUUUAUGAAGAUUUCCAGUUGCCUUAUUAUGACCAGGUGCAAUCAGACCCAUCAGUGGAUGAUAUGAGGAAGGUGGUGUGUGAACAGAAACUACGACCCAACAUUCCCAACCAGUGGCAGAGCUGUGAGGCACUGAGGGUUAUGGGUAAGAUCAUGCGGGAGUGCUGGUACGCCAGUCCAGCUGCUCGGCUGACAGCACUACGUGUCAAGAAGACUGUACCUCAGGUAACUGUGGUCAAGGACAUUAAAGAGUAAGCCAGUGGCCUGGUGCCCCUCUUAUCUCUGUCAGUGUUGUUGUGACAUUUCAGAUGCUCAGUUGAGAUGCCAAAGAUUCCAGGAGCUUAAGAGGGAAAUGUUAUCUUGUGCUUUCUAAGCAUUAGGAGAAUUAACGAAAGAGAGUGUAUUUUGUUUCUUAACCAAUAGAUGGUGAUAGAGUACUGAUACUGUAUACUGCUACCUCAACUGAUCCUGUAAGUGUCAAAUGCUUGGAGUUGCACUUGUUAUGCUUUGUGCCAUUAAUGUUUUGCUUGGUGUUACUUAAAAUUACACAGUGUUAAAAAUAUAAGUUGAAAUGUCUAUACACACACAGACCAACAAACAGGACCAACAUUUUAAGACCAUGUUUUGAUGUCAGACAGUGUAAUGUGGUCUGAAGUAGCUAAGCUUGAUUUUUCAAUGUGCAGAUUGUGGUUUCCUGGAACUAUUUUUCUACUGUUUACCACAGCUCUCAUCAUUUUCGAUUGUACUGUCUAACUGAAGGAGGAUUUCCUGUAAACCCUAUCAUUUCUGAAUGUAAAAAGAAUAGUUUGCGUUUUGUGUAUAUGCAAAUGUCUGGGCCAAAUCCUGAUGUCUAAAGCAAAAAAAGGAAAGAAAAGAAAAACAAGAAAAAAAAAGAAAAAUAAAAAAAGUUAUGUAUCUGAUCAUCCAAAGCCUUUUAACCAGAUUCUUCUCAGAGCAGGGGUCUCCAACCUUUUAUAUUUCACAGACAGGUGAAAAUAUAUAUGUGGACCAGCUGGAUGUCAAUGCAGUGUUUGAGGUGUGAUCAUGUUAACUAUUACAUUAAAUUUACAUGAAAUCAGCACAACUAUAUGAUUCUCAUAACUAUUGAUGUGAUUAUAACAACUUAAUUCAACACAGGGUGAAGUUCUGGAGAUUUUACACCUACCUGUAGCCUGUUAUAUAGAUUCAAAUUCAGGUGCGGCUCCUUUGACUCAAGAAGUUAAACCAGACAGCCAUGCAUUCGUAGAUGCUGCUCUGUCUGCAUAUCCCAAUGUAAAAGGAUCAAAUAUGCCUGAUAUGUAGUAAUUCAGGGACUUGAAAAUCUCUGCUCCAGUUUUACUGCUGUAGCUGACAUUAAAAGCACCCAUGCACUUUGGCUUGAAAUAUAUUGCUCAUAAACCAGUAUGUCCAUUGGUCAAUUUGUCAAGCUGCAGUGCAUACAGUGACUUGUUUUGCCUGUCUAACAAUUGUACUUCAAUUUCAUUUAUUCUCAGUCUGAAUGUGGUAGCUGAAAGGACUUCUUUAGUGAGAUGGUCAGACAUCAAGUAUGACUUUUAGUGCAGCCAUGGCCGUAGCCAGACUUUGAAAAUUAGUGAGGUCCAGGGGGUUUCUAUAAUAAACCCCUUAUUAUAGAAUUGUGCUAUAAUAACCCCUAUAAAUACAACUUAAUUAUAUAUCCUAUUUAUUGCAUCAAAGUUUGUUAAUACUAUAUUUGUGUGGUGGAUUACCAUGUUAUGAUUAUGUUAUGGGCUUUAUUGUCCCAAUAAGGUGACAUCCAUUAAAUUAGACUCAAUAAGUUAUUAUUGCAUACUCCUCCAAUGUACUACAAUACUGAGGUGCAGAUAAUUGCCACUAUUUGCAGUAAGUAGUAUAAAUAGCAGAAAAUCCUGCUAUUUUAACAUAUUAUAUAUAGAAUCUAUAGAUAUUUGCACUUAGUGUAAAUAUCCGCUGCCUUUUUUUAUUACAGGCAGACUAAUGUCGGCGGUGCUAUGUUGCCAGAUGUUGCUAUUAAAAUGAACAGAAACCUAUAAAUAAAUAGAAAUAAACCAAAAUUAUUUAAAAUAUUUUGGAAAUUAGAUAAAAUAAAGUUAUCACUGACCCUAAUCCACGUGUCAAAUUAAGUGGAAAAACUAGUCAAAAACGCUUACAUGAAAGCUGCGUCUCGAGCUCUCACUUGAACUAACCAUGGACACUAAACAUUCUGAAUUAUACAUGCAGACAUUCAAAUGAGGAGUUUAGCAGCAUAUGAGUCAAUCAGAGAACACAUUUUAUUUUUGAACAUGAAAAAUGUACAGAGGUGACCUCAUAGCUGGCUACGGCCAUGAGUGCGCCAUGUUUGUAGACAUGGUGGCUUUCAUUGACCCAUUUGCUACACAUGCUCCAAAGCGUGUGAACGGCCCAUAGCCACAAAACCUUAUUUAAGUUAUAUUUAAGUCAUCACAUUUUUGGUUAAAGGCAGCUUUCCUUUUUCUUAUCAGUAGAUGCAUUAUCGCCAUUCCAUGUUCUUUUCCUGCCUUCUUCACUAAAUACAUUUUAAGGGAUGUCUGCUGCAAUAGUGGAACUGAUGUUCUUCUGAAAUGAUAGCCUCUCCAUUGAAUUACAUAGUUAGCACUUUUUCAAUAAAUUAUGUUUUGCUGCAGACAUUUUUCCCAGAUUGUUCUUGUGACUAGUAGCAUACAAUAGAACAGAAUAGAAUAUAUAUAUUUUUUUCAUUUUACAGCUGUUCAACAAAUAUUUAUUUCUCUCACAUUUGAAAGUACACGCAUACAAAAAUGUACAUUAAACAAAAUAUGAACAAUGAUACAGAAAAAGUAAACAGCAAAAAUGUAUACAGGUAGACAGUGCAAAUGUAAAUAU